AAUGUGAAGCUACACGGCACACACCAUCUAUACUUAUUCAAUAUCUUUGAGGUUUGUCAUAGUUGGAAGGUGAUUCAAGGAUUCAAGGAGUAAAUAAUAAUUUCGCAAGCGUAGGGUGGCUAAACUAAAAAAAAACAGCUAAUGAAAAUUGGAAAACAAGAUUCAGUUGAGUUAUGCCGAAUAAUGACGAAGAUUAUUGCAUGUAAUUCCACUAAACAAAAUAAUGGUUCUUAAGUUUGUGUAUAAGUUUCGUCAACAUCCUUGAUUAUGAGAUUUAAUAAACAAGAAUUGAUAACGUUAGCUACACAACCCUCGACUAAAUUUGAAAAAGAAGGGAUUUUAUACAUUCGAGAGAGGCAGGAAGGAUUUUUUAGGAAAGCAGAGCGAAAAGGAAAGAAAUUUCAAAAGCGUGAAAACCGUCUUCGCAAUCCGAGCUGUAUUGGGGGAAUAAACAAAGUUAACUUAGAAAGGUGGUGCAGAUUGCGUGGAAAUCUAUUAUUUUAUUUCAAAAGUAAAGAUCCAUGGUCAGAACCUUUAGGUGUGGUAGUUUUAGAACAAUGCCAAGUACGAAUCGAUCCACCAAUGGCAUCUCCACCUUUAACAACGGAUGGGCAUUUUCCGUUUUAUCUAGUAUUUGACGGGGGUUUAUGUCAAGCAUUAGCAACAAUUUCGGACCUUGACCGUUCAAGUUGGAUCGACGCGAUUAAAGUAGCGAGUUACGAAGGAAUACGAGCAGAAUUAAAUGCACUAAGACAGUGUAUAGAACGCCGUCGAUGCUACAAACCAAAUGUAGAUUUACAGACAUGGAGGCUACAAAGGGCCCAAGUUUUAGAUGUAGCAGAAGUUCCCAUCUGUGAAAUAUCGCUUGCAUGUGACAACUUAUUAUGCGAUGGGCACGGUUGUUCCCCGAAUCCGUCGAUAGUCAUAGAUGUUUAUAUGUCUUCAGCAAAAUUAUGGGUUCAGUAUGGGCGAACUGAAAUUAUAGAGAAAAGUAGCAAUCCAGGGUUUUUAAACACAAUCAGUUUUAGAGCAAGUGAUGGUUUAACUUGCGAUUCUCGCAUUAGAUUUACGGUUUUUGAUGUACGGGAGAGAGUGUCUCACACAGCUGUACCUAUAGGCUCAGCAUGUGUUCUUCUGAGUGCCAUACAAGAUUCAUCUCGUUUACGUAUUCCUUUAGUAUCAAGAAACCAAUCAACUGUUGGUUUUCUUUCAAUAAGCACUUGGGCUUUAGAAGCAGAAGAUCGGGGUAGCAGCACUGAACAUACACCUUGUCGAGCACCUUCACAUAAUAAUGCACAGGUUUGGUCGCAUAGAAGAUCACAGUCACUUCCACCAAGAUUAGGAGUAAAGAUGCGGCUACCGAAUCAAUCCGAUUUAAAAUUAUUGUAUUCUUCUCCAUUUAUGCAAACUUACAGAUUUCACUCUGGUCUGGGAGGAGAUAUUUGCGUUCAUGAAUUUAUGGCGGAAAGCCGGUUGUGUUUUACAUUUCCUCAUCAAUUGCUAGGUGUGUGGAUUCAACAAGAGAAAGAAUUAUUACAAGAAGUUGCUGGCAUGGGAGAAUUACGUGAACCUUGGCAUUCGCGGCAAGUUGAACUAUUGGAUCGUCAUUUACAUUUACUGCGUUUGUAUUCCCAAGCUAGAGAAAAUUUACAAGCCCACAAAGGCAGUUUGUUUAAACCUAGUUCACGAAAAUCGGAUCGUAGUUUAGAAUUUGCGCCAGUCAAUUUGCAUUUGCAACGAAUGUGGGUACAUAACGAUACACUUAAUAAGGCUGAUUUUUAUGACUGGAUUACAGUUGGUGCUUUCACUGCACAUUCGCAUAAGUCCAAAAAUGGUGGUUUAAUUAAAUUAGUUCAGCAACUGAAAGAGUCGCCAACUCGCUCAAACUCAAAUUACCAAAUUACAACUAAAAUAUCAAUGGCCAAUGAUGCAAUCCAGGCGAUUAAACAACUUCGCAAAGAAGUUGUCGAUGGAAUGAAAAUAUUAAUGAGGCUUGCCAAAGAGAAACAAACUGUUGGGAUGUUACCAAUAUGCGAAGAUAUGAUACGUAAGACGAGAAUACUUCUUAGUUUGUGGGAUCCUGGUCUUGUCGAAGAGGCUCUAAACUUUGUUGAGGAAUAUAAACUUAUAGUAACAGAUGACUCAGGUGUGGGUGAUGAUUUAACGCUGGAUAGUAGUGGAAAGCCCAUUUUAGUACUAUCCCCCUUCAAACGAAUUACACAACAACUUACAUCACUUAAUUUGAAAAGUCCUGAUCUCGAUGAUUUUGCUACUCCUUGUACGCCUAGAAAUGUGGAAGAUAUAUGGCAUGUCUCUGAUUCAAAAUUACUAGUUAAUAAAGACUCUAAUCACGCAGAUAAUAAUUUGUUAAAUACUAGUGAAGGUGUUAAAAGUUUAUGUUCGGAAAUUCGUGGUGAUGAUGAUACCAAUUUUGUAAUAUUUCCUGAUUGUGAGGAGAGUCAAAAUGAAGUUUCUUUAGAAGAAUUAAAUUCAAAUUCACUAAAUAUCACCAAUGGAAAUGAAAAACGUACCGAACCCGAUACCAAUCGUAUGUUCUUAGAUACUAAUGUGAUGUGCAGUUCACCUUCUGCAAAUUAUUAUAAACCAACUGAUGAACCUGAGCCAUGGGAUAUAACACAAUUGAACAUCGAAGCAAGUGUGAUGUGUUUAGUUAGUAAGGUGAAAUUCCUAUGUGGACGAUGUGGCAGUCCUGCUGUACGACUACGACAAAAUUCGAAAUCUUUACAGAAAUCCGUAAUUACAGAACAACCAACCUGUAGCGUUAAUAAUAAGAAACUUACUGAAUGCAGUAAAGAAGUUGAAAAAAUUUCAAAAACAGUGAAUUGUGUUACGAAGAUUUCAAAAAAUGGAAACAAAUUUACUGAUGGAUUGGAUUUAAAUAAAAUCGUUGAUUGGGCUGCAGAAUUGAGGCCGAGCAUGAGAAAAUUGCGCCAGGCUAUGGAUGGUCUUCUGAAAACAGCGCGUCUUACGCAUUCGGUCUUUCGAGUACAGGAAGAUCCAAAAGCUGCACAAAGAGUUUGCAAUGUUCGAUACAGACGCGACGUGUGUUUUUCUCAAUCACUGACCUCUUUAGUAGCUGGAUUGAUGACAAGACUAUGGUGUCACAAACCCGAUCCUACAUUUGUAACAGUUUUAAGUACUUUGGGACCAUUGGCGUGUUUUGAAAGUCUACUAAGUUAUCAUGGUAACGAAAUUGAUAUGUGGGGCGACAUGUCGGUGGCAGUAGAAGAUCUUAGGACGGUUAUGUUUACUUUAGUUCGUUGUCCAAGUCCUGUGUCUUUAGAACCACAACCAGUACCUAAAGUUAGCGGUAGCAGAAAUUCGCUCGUUGUAUCUCUUCCGGUUCCAGAUUCAUUGUAUAGUUUGAUACCAAGUAGACAGAUUUUAUCUUUCCAUGUCACUCCUGUUUUUUUUAACAUUGGAAUUAAUGAAAUGGCCACAUUAGCAGAAAGCUUAGGAGCUACAAGAGCUCAAGAAGCUUCAAACAUAGAUAACUUUGACAGAUUAAAUGAAUAUUAUCUUCGAUAUCGAAAACUGAACAUUUCAGAGAAUUCUAAUGUAUCAAAUGGACGAUUUAUUGGAUGUUCUUCUCAAGUUAAAUCACUAGCGGAACUCAUGGAGGAUUUGAAAAUAUCGAUUCAUAGUGGAAAGUCAAAGAACGUGGAAGUUUUACAUUUAGCAUCUCAGAUUUGCCGUCAAAUGAAAGGUUUUCGUUUCACAAGCUGUAAGAGUGCGAAGGAUAGGACAGGAAUGUCAGUAACUUUAGAACAGUGCCAGAUUCUAGUCGAUGAGUACCAUUUAGCAGAACAUGAGUUCCAAAAAGCAUUAGAUUGUAUGAGAAGUGAAGGUUGUAGGAGGGAAAAUACAUUGAAGAAUACAAAUGUUAGAAAAUACGCAUUUAAUUCUCUGCAGUUACUAGCAUUGCCAAAACUAUAUAGACCACCAGCGGGAACAUAUGGUUCAGCGCAAACAUAGUUAUAUUUAUUUGUAACAUAUGUAUUAUUAUUUGUUCAAGUUGCCAAUAUGAUAGUAUAUUGUCAAAUUUCACUUAACUGUUGUUAUAGUGUAAAGUUGUUAAUAACUUUAAGUUAUUUUGUUUUUUUUUUUUAGAUAAAUAAAUCAUUUGGUAUUAUUCUCAA